UUUUAUCAACACAUAACCUUUUUCCCUAUCAGUUAGAAUAUAGGUAGGACUGUGGACGGAUCGCCUCAGUAAUGCACAGAGCACUUGAUUAUCAACAACUAACUCAUCAUAAAAUAUGUCGGACAUGAUAAUUUGUGACUAAACAAAAAUUAUAUUUAACAACAGUGCGUUUUAAAAGUUCUUAGUCUUGCUUUCUAAUUAUUAAUCAGUGUACUUAUGUAAUGUUUUGAAUUACUACAAUUUUGUUUUGUUUUUUUUUAUCGAAUUUAUAUUGACAAACAAAGGAAAUGUUGAAAUUAUCGAUAAAAGAAGCUAUGAAGAUCGGGUUCAUUGGAGGUGGUAGACUGGCGUUUGCGUUGGCGAAUGGAUUUACAUCUGCAGGUCUAGCAAAACCUGAUGAAAUUACAGCGAGCUGCCACCCAGCUGACGUGUUGAGUGCAGAUGCCUUUAAGGCAAGUAUUACGCAUUUGCUUGUCUCUAUGUUUCUUCUAAAAUCCACAUUAGGUGCAACCGCACUUUUCGAGAACAAAUCAGUAGUUGAGCGAUCCGAAGUUAUUAUUGUGUCUGUUAAGCCUGACGUGGUCGGUAAGGCGCUGAGGGAAGUGAAAGACUUGCAGGCGUCUGGAAAUAAGCUGUUCAUAUCUGUUGCUAUGGGAGUAUCCACUGCCAGUAUUGAGAAGAUGUUGCCGUCUACAGCUCGAGUAAUACGAGUUAUGCCAAAUACACCGGCGUUAGUGAAGGAAGGUGCCGCAGCACUUUGCCGCGGCAAGCUGACCACGGACGAGGACGUGAAACUGGCCACGCAGCUGUUCCGAGCCGUGGGAACAUGUGACGAAGUGCCGGAGUAUCAGAUGGACGCAGUCACUGCUCUCAGCGGAAGUGGACCCGCCUAUAUUUACAUGAUGAUAGAAUCUCUGGCUGAUGGUGGUGUCAGAUGUGGGCUACCUAGGGACUUGGCACUGCGCCUCGCUACUCAGACCACACUCGGAACCGCGGCCAUGUUGAAAAAUGGCGGACAUCCAGCCGCCAUGAAGGAUAAUGUUACCAGUCCUGCAGGAUCAACUGCGGAAGGGACCUAUCAUUUGGAGAAAAAUGGUUUAAGGGCAGCCGUCAUCGGCGCUGUCAAAGCUGCAGAAGAAAGAUGCAAACAAGUGAAUAGAGAACUCUCUGAAAAGCUUUAACGUUUAAUUUUAUAUGUAUAAUUAUAACUUAAUUACAUUUUUAUAUUACACUUUCUUUGAAAGUUCAACUCGUUUGUUACUAAAUAACGUUACACCUUCGU